GACAAGAUGGCUACGUUUACAUUGUUUGUUUACUUCUUGGAACAAAAUAUUUAAUUUAAUAUCUAAGUGUUUUCUAAAUUAAAACGUUACCCCAGCAACUGGACACAUAGGCGUAUAAGACAACGGUGCCUCCUAUGCUGACCAAACAGGACGCGCGCAUGUUGAUUUUGUACCCCUACACCAGACACGAUCAGGACAUGGCAGGUUGAAAUAUGAAAACAAACUCUGAACCAAUUAUAUUAAUCUGGGGACAGGUCGAAAAGCAUUUUAAUCAUUUAUGCCAUUUUAGCAGUUGCUAUCUAAUUUGUCCUAUUUAGUUAGCUUGCUGUUUCUAGCUCAUUUGUCCUGGGAUAUAAACAUUGGGUUGUUUAUUUUACCUGAAAUGCACAAGGUCCUCAACUCUGACAAUGAAUCCACAGAUAAAACGGUCAACGGAAUUCCUUUCUCCUCCUUCCUAAAGGCUCCUCCUCCUUCCUAAAGGCUCCUCCUCCUUCCUAAAGGCUCCUCCUCCUUCCUAAAGGCUCCUCCUCCUUCCUAAAGGCUUCUUCUUCUUUGGACUUUAUUUGGCGGUUGGCAACCAACUUUACAGCCUUACGACAACCUCCCGGAGUGUGGACCUCAGUUCAUCUUUCAAUCAACCACGUGUGUAUAUGCUCCUAAAAACCAAAGCGGUGAGCCAGUAACCUGAAAGGUUGCUGGAUCGAAUCCCUGAGCUGACAAGGUCAAAAUCUGUCAUUCUGCCCCUGAACAAGUCAGUUAACCCACUGUUCCUAGGCCGUCGUUGUAAAUAAGAAUUUGUUCUUAACUGACUCGCCUUGAUUAAAUAAAGAUGAAAUAGGAUUCUCUCGUCUGGUUUGGUCAGCAUGUCGUCGAGCAGGAAGAAAGUAUCGCCAAGGACAGGUUGAUGGAAGAAUCUCCUGCUAUGAAGCUGCCUGUUGUCAACGGUAAUCACAGCUAAUGAGGAUAAACCGGUUGAUGGAAGAAUCUCCUGCUAUGAAGCUGCCUGUUGUCAACGGUAAUCACAGCUAAUGAGGAUAAACCGGUUGAUGGAAGAAUCUCCUGCUAUGAAGCUGCCUGUUGUCAACGGUAAUCACAGCUAAUGAGGAUAAACCGGUUGAUGGAAGAAUCUCCUGCUAUGAAGCUGCCUGUUGUCAACGGUAAUCACAGCUAAUGAGGAUAAACCGGUUGAUGGAAGAAUCUCCUGCUAUGAAGCUGCCUGUUGUCAACGGUAAUCACAGCUAAUGAGGAUAAACCGGUUGAUGGAAGAAUCUCCUGCUAUGAAGCUGCCUGUUGUCAACGGUAAUCACAGCUAAUGAGGAUAAACCGGUUGAUGGAAGAAUCUCCUGCUAUGAAGCUGCCUGUUGUCAACGGUAAUCACAGCUAAUGAGGAUAAACCGGAUGAUGGAAGAAUCUCCUGCUAUGAAGCUGCCUGUUGUCAACGGUAAUCACAGCUAAUGAGGAUAAACCGGUUGAUGGAAGAAUCUCCUGCUAUGAAGCUGCCUGUUGUCAACGGUAAUCACAGCUAAUGAGGAUAAACCGGAUGAUGGAAGAAUCUCCUGCUAUGAAGCUGCCUGUUGUCAACGGUAAUCACAGCUAAUGAGGAUAAACCGGUUGAUGGAAGAAUCUCCUGCUAUGAAGCUGCCUGUUGUCAACGGUAAUCACAGCUAAUGAGGAUAAACCGGUUGAUGGAAGAAUCUCCUGCUAUGAAGCUGCCUGUUGUCAACGGUUCUCUAAAGUCCUGCCAUUGACUGCAUGGUCGUUGUUGCCACACAAGCAGGACAAUAUGAAUCCACUCAGUUCAGAGAAGGAAACGUUGAUUGAUGAAAUUGAACAGAGUUUAUUCACUUUAACCGAGGACAAUUUACGCUCCCUGUGUGAACGUCAUGGCAAAGAUGGAUCUGAAAUUAAAGGGAUGAAUCAUCGCUUAUUAAGGCGUAAAGUCAUGGAGGAAAUGUGGGACAAUACGGAUUCAAUGAAAUCAGAGGAGCAGGGAAUGUCUUGGUUAGUCCAACUGAAAGAGGACAUCAGAAGGAUGCUGGAGGAUGCUAGUGGGGCACCAAUUAGUCCCAGCCAGUCCGAUGGUGAUGAUGCUGUAGACUAUGACAGAGAAUGCGACAAGGAGGACAGCGAUUGGUUGCCUAGCAAUGGACUGAAGGCGGAACACUUGAGUUCCAGCCAAUCCGAUGACGACGCUGCAGACUGCGACAAAGACUGGGACGUGGAGGACAAGGAUUGGUUGGCUAGCGAUGGGCUGGAGGCAGAGUCAGAUCCAGAGAGGCACACUCCAGAGCAGAGAAACAAGCUUCCCACAUCACCCUCCGCCCUCCCGAAGUCCCCAGGUCGUGCCUCUCCCAGUAGCAUCUUACUGCAGAGUCAGAAGAGGGUGUCCGUGCGGCUGGUCGACUGCAGGAAGACACCGGGGCAGAGUAGCCAUAUAAUACACAAGACAACACAGACGGGAGAGAAACCCCACAGCUGGUCUAAUGCUGAACAACACAAAACCCUCUCAGGAGACAGGCCUGGCUCCCACAUCUGUGAUCACUGUGGGAAGAAUUUUGCCACAGCAAGAAGUCUACAACUACACCUACAGUACCUGAAGAGAUUCAGAGAGAACUUGACUGGAGAGAAACCACACGUGUGCUCUACAUGCGGAAAGGGAUUCAGCGAGGCUGGCAGUCUUAAGAGACACCUGAGAACUCAUACGGGGGAGAAACCAUUUGUUUGCCCUCGUUGUGGGAAGGCUUGGAGUGAUUCUGGAAACUUAAGGAGACACAUGAGAAAAACUCACCCAGGAGAGAAGGUUGUUGUGAAGAGCGUCCUUACAGGAGAGAAACCUUACCAUUGCUCCUCUGACGACUGUGGGGUGAGCUUCGUUACCUCACGCAAAUGCAGAGUACACCAGAGAAAACACACAAGAGAGAAGCUUUGCAGCACGCCUAAUGCUAAGCAACGUAAGGAACCCCUCUCAGGAGAUGGCUCCCAUAUCUGUGAUCACUGUGGGAAGAGUUUUAUCACAGCACGCAGUCUAAAACGACACUUACAGUACCUGAAGAGAUACAGAGAUAACUUGACUGGAGAGAAACCACACGUGUGCUCUACAUGCAGAAAGGGAUUCAGUGAGGCUGGCAGUCUUAAGAGACACCUGAGAACACACACUGGGGAGAAACCGUACGUCUGCCAUCAUUGUGGGAAGAACUACAAUGAUUCUGGAAACUUGCAGAGACACAUCAGGACUCACACAGGUGAGAAACCUUACCACUGCUCGGAAUGCGGUAGGAAUUUUCGUGAAAAAAUAAGCCUUGUACAUCACCGGGAAGUUGUUCACACGGAACACCCUCACCGCUGUGCUCACUGUAUGAAGAGCUUCGUAACUGCCUCUAAACUGGAAUCACACAUGCAAACCCGGCAUCCGCCAAAUGAUCCUCUGAAAAAGCCACACGUGUGCUCUGAAUGUGGAAGGGGUUUCGGUGAGGCCGGUAGUCUUAAAAGACACGUGAGAAUCCAUACCGGGGAGAAACCGUACGUCUGCCCUCGUUGCGGUAAGGAUUUUACCCAAUCAGGACUCUUACAGAGACACAUGAGAACUCACACGGGAGAGACACCUUACCACUGCUUGGUGUGCGGGAUGAAGUUUCGCCAUACAAUCUCGCUAAAGCAGCACCACCUGAAGAACCACAAGGGGGAGACACUGGGUCCAGUCCGUAUGCACCAAGGCCCUCUUCCAUGCCCCCACUGUGGGGAGAAGUUCUCUACCAAGGCUCUUCUAAAGGGUCACAUUCAGAAGACUCACAAAAGCAGAGUCCACUGCCCACAGUGCGACAAGACCUUCACCACUAAAGGUAGUUUACUAGUCCACCAGAGGAAGCACACUGGAGAGAGGCCUUACCUUUGCCCUCAGUGUGGGAAGAGUUUCUCCCUGACAGGGAGUUUAAAACUUCAUCUCCGGAUUCAUGCGGGUGAGAAACCUUACUGCUGUACUUACUGUGACAAGAGCUUCACAAGUAAGAGCCACUGCACUCUUCACCUGCGAAUCCACACUGGAGAGAAACCGUACCAAUGCCCUGACUGCGGGAGGAGGUUUCGUGACGGUAAUGUCCUGAAAAACCACCGUCGGACCCACACAGGAGAGAAACCAUUCCAGUGCCGCUUGUGUGAUAAAGCCUUCGCUCAGUGGAGCAGUCUGAAGAAACAUCAGGACACACACAGGCAAACUCCGCCUGUCUCUGUCCCAAGACUCCCUAAUCCCUACCCACCACCCAAUCAGCAUGUCCCUUAUCCCUACCCAUCACAGACUCAAUGGUAACCUGGUUUAUCACCUGUCCAAUCCCUUAUAGAGGGAUUCCUUAUGAUACCCAGACAGAAAAAUACCAUGAAUUGGGGAAAUUCACAAAAUAUAAUCCAUAGAAUAAAACAUUAACACCUUCCUAAUAUUGAGUUGUACCCCAUUUUUCCCUCAGAACAUCCUCAGUUCGUUGGGACAUAAACUCUACAAGAUGUCCAAAGCAUUCCACAGGGAUGCUGGCCCAUGUGGACUCUACAAGGUGUCCAAAGCAUUCCACAGGGAUGCUGGCCCAUGUGGACUCUACAAGGUGUCCAAAGCAUUCCACAGGGAUGCUGGCCCAUGUUGACUCCAAUGCUUUCCACAGUUGUGUCCAGUUGGCUGGAUGUCCUUGCUUAUAGAGUAUAUUAUGUACAACUAUAUAAAUAUACAUACACUACGUUUCAAAAGUUUGGGGUCACUUAGAAAUGUCCUUUUUGUUUUUGUUUUUUUAUAAGAAAAGCACAAUGUUUGUCCAUUACAAUAACAUCAAAUUGAUCAGAAAUACAGUGUAGACAUUGUUGAUGUUGCAAAGGAUUAUUGGUAGCUGGAAACGUCCGAUUUGUAAUGGAAUAUCUACGUAGGUGUACAGAGUCCCGUUAUCAGCAACCAUCACUUCUGUGUUCCAAUGGCACAUUGUGUUACGUAAUCCAAGUUUAUCAUUUUAAAAGGCUAAUUGAUCAUUAGAAAACCCUUUUGCAAUUAUGUUAGCACAGCUGAAAAUGGUUGUUCUGAUUAAGGAAGCAAUAAAACUGGCCUCCUGUAGACUAGUUGAGUAUCUGGAGCAUCAGCAUUUGUGGGUUUGAUUACAGGCUCAAAAUGGCCAGAAACAAAGCACUUUCUUCUUAAACUCAUUCUUGUCUAUUCUUGUUCUGAGAAAUGAAGGCUAUUCAAUGCGAGAAAUUACCAAGAAUCUGAAGAUCUUGUACAACACUGUGUACUAUUCCCUUCACAGAACAGAACUGGCCCUAACCAGAAUGAAAGAGGAGUGGGAGGACCCGGUGCACAACUGAGCAAGAGGACAAGUACAUUAGAGUGUCUUGUUUGAGAAACAGACACCUCACAAGACCUCAACUGGCAGCUUCAUUAAAUUGUACCCGCAAAA